AAAAGUUUUGAGUUGAGUAAUAAUAGCCAUAAUUGGAUCCAAGAAAUUUUAUUCGGGAUCAAACUUCACAACAAUGAAUGUUUCAUCAAGACCUGUGUCUGAAAUUAUCAAAAGUUCGGACAAUGAUGAACCGAAAAAGCGUUCACGUGAAGAUUGGAAAAAGGCUAAAGAGCUAGAAGAAGCUCGUAAGCUUGGCCAAGCUCCAGCCGAAGUUGAUGAAGAGGGAAAAGAUAUCAAUCCUCAUAUACCACAGUAUAUUAGUACGACACCUUGGUAUUAUGGUGCAAGUGGCCCAACUUUAAAACAUCAAAAAGUUUUAGACGAUAGAAGCAAAGACAAUACAACAUUACGUGAUAAAUAUGUACGUGGUUUGAAAGGUAGUACGGCAACCAAAUUCCGUAAAGGAGCAUGUGAAAAUUGUGGAGCCAUGACACAUAAGAAAAAAGAUUGUCUAGAACGGCCAAGAAAAAUCGGUGCAAAAUUCACUGGAGACGAUAUAGCCCCUGAUGAAAUAUUAUUGCCCUCGCUUAAACAUGAUUACGAUGGUAAACGUGAUCGUUGGAAUGGUUAUGAUCCAGUCAUGUAUCGUUCGGUUAUCGAAGAACAUCGUAAAGUUGAAGAAGCCAAACAAAUUUUAAAGGAAGAAAAACUUAAACAAGAUUUGAUCAAUACGGAAGGAAAUUCUGAUGCAUCGGAUUCUGACGAAGAUGAAAAAUAUGCCGAUCACAUUGAUAUGCCUGGAACUAAAGUAGAUAGCAAGCAACGUAUCACUGUUCGUAAUCUUCGAAUUCGUGAAGAUACUGCAAAAUAUCUUCGAAAUUUGGAUAUUGAUUCAGCUUAUUAUGAUCCAAAAACCCGAUCUAUGCGUGAUAAUCCAUAUAAACAUACUGGAAAAACACACGAAGAACUGCAAUAUGCUGGCGAUAAUUUUAUUCGAUAUAUGGGUGAAACGCAAAAAGUUUCGCAAGCUCAAUUGUUCGCAUGGGAAAUGUCAGAAAAAGGUGUGGAUAUUCAUCUACAGGCAGAACCUACAAAAGCUGAAAUUAUUCAUCGAGAAUUGGAUUUAAAAAAGAACGAUUUGAAAGAAACAAUCAAAGAAACUAUUCUGGAUAAAUAUGGAGGAAAAGAAUAUUUAGAAGCACCACCAAAAGAGCUAAUUUUUGCUCAAACCGAAGAUUAUGUUGAAUAUUCUCGUAGUGGUCAGGUGAUAAAAGGUCAAAAUCGAGCACCAAUACGAUCGAUAUAUAAAGAAGAUGAAUUUAUUAAUCGUCAUACAACUGUAUUCGGUUCAUAUUGGGAAAAUGGAAAAUGGGGCUAUAAAUGUUGUCAUUCAUUUAUCAAAAAUUCUUAUUGUACUGGCACAUUAAGUAAAAGAGAUGAUAAUGGUUGAAUUCAGAUUAAUCCAUUUUAAAUUAUCAAGUUAAUUGUAAAAAAUUCCUUUUUUUU